CAUGGCCGCGUGCAGCGUGGAAGCGCUGCUGGCUAAAGCCGAGCAAGACGAGGCAGAGAAACUGAAAAGCAUCACCGUCAAGAAGGAGCUGGACCUGGAGUUUGACAUCGGGAACCUGUUGGCUUCCGACAAAAACCGCCUCGAGUCCCGGGACUUCAGAGAGCAGAAGAAAGAAGACUUUCUGCGGUCGCUAGCUCGUGACAACACGCAGCUGCUCAUCAACGAGAUCUGGAAACAGCCCACGGAGAGGGUCGAUGAGGCGAUAGUGACCAAAUUACCAGACACGGUGACCCCGCUGCCCAGAGAGAAACCACCCCCGAAGCCCAGACCGCCCACAAAAUGGGAAGAGUUCGCCAGGCUGAAAGGCAUACAGAAUAAGAAGAAUACCAACUUGGUGUGGGAUGAAAACGCGAAGGACUGGAGGAGGCGCUGGGGCUACAAGAGGGCCAAGGAUGACACCAAGGAGUGGCUGAUUGAGGUGCCGGUGACCGCAGACCCGAACGAGGACCAGUUCGCCAAACGCGCCACAGCCAAGAAGGAGAGAGUGGCCAAGAACGAGUUCAACCGGCUGAAGAACAUCGCCAGGGCGCAGAAGGUCAAACUGCCCGGCGUCGGGCUGACUCCUGUAGCCCAGCAGUGCAAAGAAGACCUGGUCAGAGCUGUGAGUGUGGCCAGGACCUCCACGGCGUCCGUCGGGAGGUUCCAGGACCGCCUGCCGAAAGAGAAGCCGCCAAAGAACACCGGUAAGAAGAGGAAGUUUGAGCCCCUCAUCGGUAACUUUUCCAACGAGAAGCAGAAGCAGCUGGACCUGCUGAAACUCAUGAACGGAAAGAAGCCCAAGUUGGACAUCAACAAGGCCGUCGACAACCAGAUCAGAGAGGAGAAGAGAGAGGAGGCGGCAGCCAGGUACAAGAAGGGAGCAGGGAAGAAAGGACGCAGAGGCAACAUGCCAGGAAAGGGCAAAGGAAAGGGUGGGAAAGGAAAAGGAGGCCAGGGAGGCAAAUCUGGAGGAGGAAAAGGAGGCAAAUCUGGAGGAGGCCAAGGAGGCAAAUCUGGAGGCCAAGGAGGGAAGAGGAGAGGCAAACUUGGGAAGCACUGAGGACUCUUGUAUCCUGCUAGACCUGUUUGUGCCUUGGCAUCAAAACAAUCGGACUGGACUUAAUUGAUGCAAUAUGAAAUAUGACUGUUUUGAUUCAUCAUCUGUGAAUGAGGGCUGUGGUGUUGUGUGACUUGUCUCUUUCAUCUGUAAAUAUCAGUCCCUGCAUUCUCGGUGGUCAGCUGAUUUAAUAUAUCUACAUUAAAAUCAGUAGAUUGUGUUUUUUCGUCCCUGUUUUUAAUCACAUGCAGAAUUUUGAAAAGUCAGCUAUAGUGGAAUCAUUUCACAUGAAAAGCACAGGUGUAACUAACGUAACACUGAAUGUAUUCACUGAAUUUGAAUAAUUGCAAACAGAGUACGCAAUGGUCAUUUCUUCAAAGACCACACAGACGGCAAUGAUAAAAUUAAAAAAACUGCGUUGUGCAAAACAGAUUUCCUUAUAAUAAAAUGUUUCUAUUCACGACCAUAUGGCAUAUUUUGAUGACUUGUUAGUUGACUGUGACCAUUAAAAGUUAGCAGGUGCUAUAAAGUUAAAAUAAAAAACUACAUUUUGCAGUUUGUAAUACGUAGUCAAUGAUUACAUUGCAAUGGUCGGUAAAAUGAUCCAAAUACAGAUAAACGAUUGAAAAGUGUGCCAGUAGGUCACGACAGUGAGCCAGUAUGCACAACACCAGCUGCAGUCGUUAACUAUUAUUAAUCACACCUGUGAUUUUCUUGCUAAGUGUCGGCUGUGAAAAAGAUGUAAUUCUAAUGGAGUCAGCCUGUGCAGCAACUAAGGAGGACUUAAAUAUUGACUUGUAAAAAACAACUCUUUAUAUUAUACUGUACAUUUUAUAAAAAAUGUGUAUGAAUUAACAUUGUGGCGGUCUCUUUUUUUUGGCUAAUCAAUCUCUUGACGGUUUACAUAUGCUCAAUGUUUCUUGUUAUAUAUUUUCAGA